CCUGGCCGAUCGAACCCCACAGCUGUCUCUGCUGUUGCCAUCAAUGAGCACCGCAGGGGCCACCAAGGGUCGAGACUACUCACUCAAGUUAGAGAAGCAGAGGGUCGUCGCCGUCGCUAAUGGAACCUCCCAAGAAGAAGGCAAAGCAAAGCGUUGCGAGGAGGGCUCCCUAUGCCGCCGCUGCCUGCGACCACUGCCAUGGGCGUAAGUUGAAAUGCUCCGGGGAUCGCCCUUGUCUUCGCUGCAAGAAACAUGCCAUCUCGUGCAGUUACCCUGCGGCAAGGCCUGAGUCAAGCUCGACAGUUCAACAGCAGGAUGGCCAGACCAUCCCAGAGGCACUGUUUGCUAGCAUCGAAGACUUACAACGCAACCUGGAUGACUUUAAAACGCAGCUCCGCGGCGCUGCUGCCGCAGGACAGCCAAUAACUGCAAACCUGAGCCCGCCAGAAAUACAUCAGCAGCCUCAUAGCCCGGACGCAAAUGAGCGAGACGGACUUGCAGCAGCAAAGAACCAGCCAGAUCCAGACAUCCUUGAUGUAUACGCCGGGCCUACUAGUUACGCUUUCGGAAUGGUAACGGCCGAUGCAAGACUUUCCAAUCUCACGCCUUCCAGUAGGGACUUGACCACGAUCGAUAGUCCCUCUCCUCCACCGAUUGUAGGUCAUGGGCUUCCAGAAUCAGUUGCUCAGCUUGCAGACCCCUGGGAAGCUCACAGCGAAACUUCACUGGAGAAAUUCACGCUGGAAGACGCCGUACAGUGCUUGGACACCUUUCAAGCUGUGUUCGGGGUCCUCCAUUCUGUGCCGCAGCUUGAGAAGAUAAGGCAAAGUUUGCCUAGUCUGUUACGGUCUGCAAAAAGAUCGCUCUGGAGCCGGCCCACCGCUCCAGGGCACUGUGGCCUUUUGGAGAUGCUGAAGAUCAUCCUUGGAAUCGCCCUGGUGGCACAGACUGGCGGUAGAACAAAGUUGUCAGACACCCUUUACCAGAGUGUCGAACCUACUAUCGUUGCUGCUGUCUUUCAGCGCUCCAUCAGUCAUGAUUUUCGAGCCUUGCUGCAGCUCGUGGCCAUGUAUCACUUCAGCAACGAGGACCUAGUCCUUGGAUCCAGAGCUAUUAUGUAUGCGGCACGCACGGCUGUCGAAGAAGGGCUCUAUCGAAUGGAAAAGCUCAUGGUGAUUGUCCCCGAUGAAAAGGAACGCCAGGUGGUAAUCCGGCAACUGUGGAGCCUGUUUGUCCUCGACCGUCAAUUCAAUUUCGCCGCCGGAUUGCCGCACCAUCUCAAUGACGGUGACGUCGACCUGCCCGCCCCUGUCGGCGACGGCUACCUCGCUGCAAUGGUCAAUUACGUGACAUUCGGAGCGCAAGCAUGGAACUCGUUGGUGAAUCGAAGCCUGCUGGCGAGUGGACAAGCUCCGUCAAAAGACGCGAUGAAUUUCUUUCACUACCAGGUCCAUCAAUGGCAUCAGGACUUGGACCCUUCAGUAUGCUUCGACGCCGCGACAAUAGAAUCCGACGAUCAUAGCUUCUUCACCUCCACGUCUGAUGAAGUGGAGGUGUAUCGCAAGACACUUCUGUAUCUCCGUGCAAAUCAGAUCCAGAUCCUCGUCCUCCGUCCCAUACUCAUAUAUCCUCAGACUGCUCGCAACAAUACCGCCUUGGUUAUGGAAGCUAUCAGCUUAGCGAAAAGAUCCAUCAGAACACUGAGAGUCUUGGCCACAGACGUCUACUUUUAUAGAACAAGGCAAGCACUCUUCAAUCAUUUUCUCUCCUCUGCAUUGGCGGUUCUCUUUCUGGUGGCAGCAUAUGAUGCGGAAACCCGGGCGAAUAAAGCUGUCUCUGCGGACAGCGCAACCACACUGCUGGGAGACUCGACGAUUGAGCUUCAGCGAGGCCUCGAUCUGAUCGACUAUCAUCGCUCCCAUUCGCAGUCGGCAGCCAGAUUGUGGGCGCGCUUCUACCGGCCAAGACAGCAGCUAAUUCGACUGGGUAUUUUAUCAAGCACUGUUGAAACAAGAUACCAAGAAGACCAGCAUACCCACCAGGGUCCAGCAAGGGUAGGUCGAAACGAAACGCCGGAACAGGGAGGGCCUCGCCCAGAAGGCAUAGUCGCCGACGGAGAGGGAGAUCUUACCUCCCAAUUAGACACUUCCAUUCUCACUGACUUUGACCCAACAAACUUUGACCAAGAGAACGGUCUAUUGUGGCUGGACUGGUUUGAUGGGGCGUUCAUGGAUUCGUCCGUGCCGUUCGGCGUGCCAGGAUGGAUGUGA